CACCUCUCCCCUCCCCCUUCCCACCACCACUAUAUAUAAAUCCCACUUCGCCCCCUCUCUGAAUCCGUUCCUAUCGAUCGAUCCCUUUCUCCUCCUCCUCCUUAGUCGUCGUCGUCGUCGUCGUCUUCUUCUUCUUCCUCGGCUCUCUCGGUUUACCCUAAUAUUUCGUCGGUCUCUUCUUGUAGAUUAUAGAUCUGGGGGAUUUAGCUAGGGGGGAUCUGGAUGCAGGGGGUGAGGUGUAGGCCGCUGCCGAGCGGAGGGGCGGCGGUGGCGGCGGCGGGGUUGACGAUCGACGGCGGGGAGGCGCCGGAGACGAGGAUGGAGCGGCUGAUAAGGGAGAACCCGGUGGUGAUCUUCACGAGGAGGGGCUGCUGCAUGUGCCACGUGAUGAAGCGGCUCCUGGCGACGGUGGGGGCGCACCCGACGGUGAUCGAGGUGGAGGGGGCGGAGGAGGAGGCGGCGGCGGCGCUGCUGCUCGCUGCGGGGGGGAUCCCCGCGCUCUUCGUCGGCGGCGCCCCCGUCGGCGGGAUCGAGGGGCUCAUGGGCCUCCACCUCAGCGGCCGCCUCGUCCCCAGGCUCAGGGAGGUGGGCGCCCUCUGCGGCUGAACAACGACGACGACGACGACGACGACGACGAUGGAUAAAUCUGUAAUUUCGCAUCUCGUGUAACUCUUUCCUUUUUUUUUUUCUUUUUUUUUUAUUAAACUUUAUAUAUUAUAUAUAAUAUAUUUGGGGAUCUGGAAGGAUCGGAGUCAGAGGUUGGAGACGUCCCCACUCGUGGUCUUUCUAAAAUGUAAAUAUAAAAUAUCUGGAAAGUGGUGAAGCGUAAAAGAGAGCCAAAAAGAAAAAACCCAAAAAAAAAAGUUAAAAAAAAAAAAAAAAAGCGAAGAGAGCAGUCCGAGAGAGAAGAGAGAGAGAGAGAGAGAGAGAGAGGGGCUCUAUAGUUAUUGCUUGUAGCGUGCUAGAUUAUUACCUUGUUUUUUUUUUUUUACUUAUAUUUUAAUCCGUUUAUUAUGCUAAGAUGGAUUAAUAUUAAUAUUAUUAUUAUUAUAACAGUGCGGAUAAGAUAUUUAAAUGUGCCGAUGGGACGAGUGAUAAUGGACGUGAUGUCAUGUAGUUGCUCCGAGCAAAAGUUUGAAAUUAAAGACUAAAAACUAAAGUA